GAAGGGAUAAUCUUGGAAAAACCAUUGAUUAUGGGGGAGAAUAGAAGAAAGGACGACACAUGCAAUACGUCUCGAUUUCCUCUUCUCGAUAUAACCGACGAAGUAAAUCUUUCGGCGUCGAGAAAACAAAAGGCUUCUUCAAACUAUGAUUUGACUAGGGAUAUGAAAAUGCUUGGAAUGGAGAGAGCAAAUUUUUAUGGAUGGUAUAAUACGUAUCAAUUGACAAAGGCGAUGGCGGAAAUGGUAAUUAAUGAAACGAGAGGGGAUAUACCGGUCGUGAUCAUUAGGCCAACUGUCAUCGAAAGUUGCUGUAAAGAACCUAUCCCUGGCUGGAUUCAGGGAAAUAGGAUGUUUGAUCCGAUAAUUGUUUCAUACGGAAACGGGCAGCUUCCAGCCUUUCUAGGCAAGCCUGAUUCCCCAAUGGAUGUUAUUCCGUUGGAUAUUGUCGUAAAUGGAACAAUUGCAGCAAUAGCAAAGCACGGUUAUAUGCAAAAGGCGGAGUUGAAUGUGUACCAGAUUGCAUCUAGCGUCACGAACCCUUUACACUACUCUGAAUUUUUCGAGUAUCUUUACGAAUAUUUCCGUUCGGAACCUUUGGUAGAAUCCGAAAAUUUAAUUAGGGUGAACAACUAUGAUGAUAUCGAAAAAAUUAAAUAUUUCGAUAAUUUCAAUGAUUUCUCGAAAUAUACACGAGAAGAAAUAUCUCGACGUGUUGGAGGAGGAAAUGCAGUAGCAACUAAGAAGGCGCAAACGCAAUGCAGAGCAAAGAUCAUAUUCCAUGCCGGCAAUACUCAGAAGUUGUUGUACGAAAUGUCGAAGGAAGAGCAGAUUAACUUUGACCUGGAUGUAACAAAAAUAGAGUGGAGAAAGUAUUUUCAAGAAGUUCACAUCCCUGGUUUGAGAAAGCAUGUGCUUAACGAGAGAAGUAUAUAUGUCUAG